AUGAAAGGAAGUAAGAGUAGCAGCGACGGAAGUGGCGACAAGGUCGGCGGACGCUUCUGGAGAGGGAAGAAGCUGGGUUCUCAGGAUUACAGCCUUGGAGAGCGAAACGUUGCCGACAAUGGAGCCAUGGAAGCCGAUGGCGAUGGCAGUGUUGCCAAUGGAACGUCAACUGAGUACCGGACUUACAAACGACGAUGGAUUGGGCUGGUCACACUCACGCUCAUGAACAUUGUCAUUUCUUGGGAUUGGCUCACUUUUGCACCCGUUGCCGACCUCUCAAGCCAGUACUACGGCGUCUCCAAGUCAGCAAUCAACUGGGUCAGCACUGCCUUCUUCCUCGCCUUUGUCGCCAUCUUCCCCGUGACAAUCGCCAUUCUACACCGCGGCCCUAAGCCGGCCUUUAUGAUCGCCGCGGUCCUCAUCAUCAUUGGAAACUGGAUUCGGUAUGGCGGUUCGUCCAGCUCUUCUGGCGGCCAUUUCGGCGCCAUCAUGGCUGGCGAAAUCUUGAUCGGUUUUGCGCAGCCUUUCGUUCUGGCCGCUCCUACUCGGUACUCGGAUCUGUGGUUCACCAACCGCGGUCGAGUUGCUGCCACGGCCCUGACAAGUUUGGCGAAUCCUCUGGGUGGCGCUCUGGGACAGUUGAUCAACCCUCUGUGGGCAAAGGAAGCGAGCGACAUCUCAAAGAUGGUGCUCUACGUUUCCAUCAUUUCCACAGUCUGUGCUCUACCGGCAUUCUUCGUGCCUGCAGCUCCCCCGACCCCAGUGGGACCGUCUUCCGAGACUCCCAAGCUCAGUCUUCGCGAAUCUGUCAAAGUCCUCAGCCAUUCGCUGGAGCUAUGGCUUGUCCUCAUCCCAUUCUUCGUAUACGUCGGCUUCUUCAACUCCAUCUCGUCUCUUCUCAACCAGAUGAUGACGCCCUACGGCUUCUCCGACGAUGAGGCAGGAAUCGGUGGUGCGAUUCUCAUUGUCGUUGGCCUCGUCUUCUCAGCCAUUACCUCGCCGAUUCUCGAUAGAACCAAGAAGUUCCUAUUCGCCCUCAAGUUCUUCAUGCCCAUCAUCGGCAUCUGCUACCUCGUGUUUGUUUGGAUGCCCGAAACCCGCGACAUUGCCGGCCCGUAUGUCGUCCUUGCCAUCCUGGGAGCUGCCUCGUUCGCCCUCGUCCCUGUUGCUCUCGAGUUUCUCACCGAGCUCAGUCACCCACUCAGUCCAGAGGUCACGUCCACCACUGCGUGGGCUGGUGGUCAGCUCCUCGGCGCCAUCUUUGUCAUCGUCAGCGAUGCCCUGACUGCUGGCGACGACGCCAGCCCACCCAAUAACAUGAAGAAGGCUCUCAUUUUCCAGGCGGUCAUUGCGCUGGUGGUUUGCCCGCUGCCCCUGUUCCUGGGCUUGUUUGGUCGUGCGGACAAGGUUGUGUUGCGACGUAUUCGCUCGGAUGAGCAAGGUGCGCGUACAAAUGUACAGGCUGUUGCAUAA